CAUCAAGUAAACUUACUACUACUAGAAGUUAGAAAGGCACCAGUUUACCUGGCUCUUCACUUCACCAAUCGGACGACCAGAUCAAGCCAAGCAAGAGACCUUCCAAAGCACAAAAUAGCUCAACGACGUCCUCACUGCACGAUCACCAUGCCAAGUAAAACGGAAGUGGCCAUUUCUGUGGGUCUCCUGAUGGCGAUGCUGGGGUUACUGUGGGAGUUUUCCUCGUUGCGCCAGUAUCGUCAGUCGCCUCACAAUACUCAACGCAGUACUCGCACGGACUUGAUGUACAGCAACACGACCGCAGUGAUUCUGCAGACCUUCCGGUCCGAGCUCGAAGAUGCAAAGCAGGAACUUUUGGAAGCUAAAUCUCGAUUGAACAAGCAAGAAAAAUCUAUGCAAAAGCUUAGUAAACUCAAGGAAGAAAUCCAGAAUAAUGCCUCUUCCAAGCAGCGUGACUUGGAGAACCAAGUGGCCAAGUUGGAACAGCAGAUGGGCAAACUAUUGGAGACUAAUAAGAAAGGAAUGGUGCCUGCACAACAGCAACCACAGCAAAACUCAGAGGCGUACAACCACAAUCAGCAACAACAACAACGACAAAGAGCAACAGAAACAGAGGACGGCCAGCAGGUCACCAAGAAGGAGAAAAGACCAAUGAGAAUUGGUGGCUGGCUGAUCGGUUCCUUUGCUUCCUUGGCGAUUAGGAAUCCAUCAGCAGAAAUGUAA